AUGAAAAUACAAAAAGGGUUAUUUUUGAAAAGAUCUAUUAAAAAUGUGUUGAGAAAAAUUAUAAAGUUUAUCAAAGGUUAUGUAAAAGAUAUAAUAAAAGAGAUAAAUGUAAAAUCAUUUAAAAAAUAUAAAUAUAAUUUAUUUUUUGAAUUUAUUGGUUCGUUCCUUUUUGUUUUUUUUAUAUCGAUAUAUAUGUUAAAUUCAAAUUCAAAUGAAGAAUAUAUAAUUAAACACACCAAACAAAUUAACCCUUAUAAAACUAAUGAUAUUUUAAUACCUGGUUACAAUAAUUUCGAAGGAGAAAUUAAUAAUAUUAAAUAUAUGAAUAACUUAGAACAAGAAGGUAAAAAUGUCGUGGAAAAUAUAUUAUUAGAAAAAGAUAAUAACGAAUAUAAAGGGAACGAACAAAAUAAAAAGGAAAUGGAAAGAAAUGAUGAUAAAAUAAAGAAUAAUUCACAAAAUGAAUAUCAAAAGGAUGAUGAAAAAAUAAAAAAUAAUAAUAAUAAUGAUAAUAUAAAUGAAAAAGAAGUAAACACAAUAUCUGAUGAGAAAAUAAAAGAUAUGGAGGAUGCUAAAAAUAUAUCUAAUAAAAAUGAAAAUUAUGAUAAUACAAACAAAGAAUUAAAAAAUGAGAAAAUAAAUAAUAAAGAGACUGAUGAAAAAAAUAUUAAGAAUGAAAAUGAUAUAAAUAAUAAAGAGAAUAUGAUUAAAAGUGUAGAUAAAAUUAUUUUUAAAGAACCUGUAAAUGAAUAUAGUAAAAUAAAAAUAGAAGAUAUUAAUAAUAUCAAUUUAAAAGAUAUUGAUGAAUAUGAAGUAUUAAAAAAUUCACAAAAUAAAAAAACUAGUAAUCAUGCAAUAUAUUCUUUUGUAGGUUGCUUUAUAUAUGUAAUAUUUAUUUUGUUAGGUGCACAUAUAAAUCCAGCUUAUACAUAUGCUUUAUGGUUAACAGAACCAAAAAAAUAUGGAUUCGCUCUUUCAACACUUUAUGUUACUUUUCAAUAUUUUGGUGGUAUAGUUGCUAGUAUUAUAUGUGCUCAUUUAUAUGGUAGUAUAUUUAUUUAUACCUUAUUACCAAAAAAAGAAAUUAUGAAAACAUUUCUUUGUGAAUUUAUAUCAACAUUUUUAAUAACUUUGUUAUUAUUAAGUUUAUAUAA